AAUCUGAAGACCUAAGCAUCAUGAAGAUAUUUGUACUCCUUUUUCUUUUGGGCCUCUGCAGGAUAAUGAUAGUUAGCGGUGAAUGCAACAAGAACAUUAGGCGUUAUUAUCAUCCAGUGUGUGGCAUUCUAGAAUACUGUUAUCAGUCUGCUAAUAAUGCUGACAUCUUGGAAUUAUAUUCCUGUAGGCGUAAGGAAGAAGGACUGCAAGAUUUUCAGGAGAGGCGAGAGGGAAGGUGUCCCUCUGAUAAGCCUCAAUGCCCACCAAUUUCAACGGAUAUUUAAUAAUGAAUAAAAAAAUAUAAUUAUGCAUAUAAAUAUCAAAAAUUAAA